AUGUUCGCGCGAACUUGUGUCAACCAUAUCGUUCUGCUUAUCUGCACACAAAUAAAUAUGUCAACUUCGAUGGGAGUAACAGUUUUUAACGAUUCGGAUUCGCUGCUACAGUACAUGCUGCACGUGACUUUUCCAGACUCUCUCGAGAAAAUAUCUCGCAAAACCUUGUAUGUUGUUGUUGCUGUCCUUCUUCUCGUAGUGGCACUACUUGUGGCCGCUGUCGUCAUCCUGAUUGUGCUCGCAGCGGGCACCGGGACCCGGUCUGAUGAUGUCAAAACCAAGGCUACUUCAGUGAAGGAAACGGACAAAAUGAUACAGAUGUGGAACGAUCCAUCCCGUUCGAGGAACUGCGCUAAACCCGAAUAUUUACAACCGCAUCCGCCCCUGUUGAUCAUAUCGAUAAAUGGUCUCUCCAAGUCGUUGCUGAUCCAAAACUUGAAUACUUUCAGGAAAUUGAGUGAUCUUGGAGUAACUUCUACGAUAUGGUUGGCUUACAAACAACAGACUGAUGGAAUAACUGCUUUGCUCUCUUGGCCACUGCAUCCGUUUGAAAAUACAAAUCGCCCGGAUUACUACGAACUCAAAAAUGGUGCUACAACGUUGGAAGAGCAGCUGAAUAAGAGUCUAGCCUUGCUUAAAAUGGAUUCUACCUCUCGCCCAGGUCUGAUUCUGCUGAGCUGCGAUGAAGUUCGAGAAGUCGCAAGAAGUGGCGUGGAUGAGUAUGAGGUCCAGGAAAUACUGAACAAAAUCGAUGAAGUGCUCAACUCAUUUUUCACUAAUCUACUGAACGAAACAAUUCUGGAUUGCAUCAAUAUAGCCAUAAUAUCAGAUGAAGGAAUUAACAAUGGAUCUAUACAUGUCGAUAUCAAAGAAUUUAGUGUCGAUGCCGUUGCCCCUGGGACCGUAGCACUGAUAACCACUGGGGGAUCAGGCAUAGCCAAUCUGACAUCUUCGCUGUCUUGCCAGAGAGAAAAUGCUCGGAUGGUAUUCCUGCCUUCCGCUAUGCCCACUAGAUGGCACUACAAUGGCUAUGAAAAUAGUACUGACGUCAUAUUACUUGUCAGACGUAGCAUGGAGAAGUGCAGGAAUUGUAAACAUCAAGAAAGUGCCGAUAUUUCUGGAUUUGAUCACUUGGAUGAAGGAAUGCAAACUGUUUUCUAUGCCCACGGACCAUCAUUUAGAAGUGGUGCUCUACUGCCAGCUUUUCAGAAUGUUGAAUACAUGAACCUGUGGUCGGAUUUGCUAAACCUGCGUUAUGUUCCCAAUAAUGGGACCGCUGGUUUCAUGGAUGAAAUUCUCAGCAAACCUACUAUUCGACCUCGUAAAAAUAGGUUUGGAAUCAGGGAAUGCCCGUUCACAAACGAAGAGCACGCAGUCAACUGUGGCGGCUGCACGACCUUACAACUGGUACGUAUAGCUAAUUGGAUGAGCCAUUGCAUACAACCAAACAGGCCUAUUGUGCUGCUGUCGUCAUCAUCUUCAUCACCAUGCUACCAAAAGAUCUGCGAAAAACUGAUAGUUAGAGGGACUCAUGGAGACGAAUCGCUAGCGUUGGUGGAACUUUUCCACUCAAACAACACCAUGGCAAAAUCGCAGUCGCCCUGCCGUUUUGUGAGUUCACGCUACGAGUUUGAGUGUCCCGCCGAGACCACACCGGAAGGGCUUCAAUCGAGAUCUCUCUCCGCCAAUCCCAAAAAAGUUCUGGCUCGAAUAGCAACAAUACAAGUACCAUGGAGCACUCGAUUUAUCAGCGCUGUGUUGGAUCCUCUCAACGAGUACACGCUGACCAUCUCCAAGGAGCUCGGCAGAGUGAUUUCUAUCACUGGUACUGCUUACGACUACAAUUAUGACGGAAUCGCUGACGAGGACAAGAAAGGUUCUCCUUCGCAUCUUUAUCGUGUCCUAGUCACUUGCGCUACUGGCUGGGUCCCGGAUGGAUUUGCAUGUCGAAAUCCAUGGAGUACUAGAGCAAUUGCUUUUAUAUUUCCGCACAUGGACGGUGAUGCGAACUGUUUGCCUUCUCGAGAGCUUCUCCUACAGUACACUGCUCGAGUGAAAGAUGUUGAAAUGAUAUCAGGGAUGGACAUUGAUCUCCCGGGAGUUCCACCAUCUCAUGCCCUGCAUUUAAAAAUGAAUUUAGCAACGCAGUUGUGGUAA